UGGAAGUGUUUUGAGGAAGUGAAGAGAGACAGGAUGUGUGAAAACAGUUAAACUACUGCAUACAGAUCAUACAGUCAUUUACACACAAACCCUGCUGAUGAAAGUAAGAAUGUUUCGUCUUUUCUCUCUGAUUUCUCUGCUUGUGAUUCCUGGGAUUUGCAGUCAGGAAUGGAAGAUUCAGUACUCAAAUAUGAUGAAAUGUGUCCUAAAGGGUUCAACAACACGUUUCUCAGGCACUUAUAAACACCCAGAUCAUCUCACUGUGACAGAGACAUUUUGGACCUUAAACCCAGUUAAAGGCGAGAAACUCGUCAAUCUGUCCGAUCUUCCAGAUUACAGAGGCAGAGUUCAGUACUUUCCGGGAGACAAAUCAUUCUUACUCAAACUCAGUAAUGUGAGACAUGAGGAUAAAGGAAUGUACUGCUUCAGAAUCAUGACAAAUGUAGAAGAACAAAGAUAUGUUGGUUUUCCUGGGAUUGAGCUCAGAGUCACAGAGCUCAGAGUGGAGAUUCCUGAAGAGGUCGUUGAGAAAGAUUCACCUGUUUUAUUUUGUAAGAGCACCUGUAACCUCUCAGGUAGAACAAACUUUACCUGGUAUAAAAACGGCGAGCGUUUAUCAGAAUGGAGCGGCACGAAUCAGCUGUUGCUGCAGUCGGUCAGCAGUGAUGAUACGGGAAACUACAGCUGUGCAGCGAGAGAUCAGGAACAUCUGCCGUCUCCUGCCGUCACUCUCAGCGUCAGAUAUCCUCCAAAGAGCGUCUCAGUGUCCAUCAGUCCGUCUGGUGAAAUAGUGUCAGGAGAUUCAGUGACUCUGAACUGCAGCAGUGAUUCAAACCCUCCUGCUCUGAACUUCAGCUGGUUUAAGGAGAAUGAAACCUCAGCUGUUGGAUCUGGACAGAGUUUCAGCAUCUCCAGCUUUAACUCCAGUUUCAGUGGACGCUUCUACUGUGAGGCUCAGAAUAAAUAUGGAUCUCAGAGAUCAGCGUCUGUUUCUCUCACUGUUAAAGGGGUUCAGAGAGCUGCUCUGCACACAGUUUCUGGGAUCGUGGCGGGAUGUGGAGGAUUGAUCUUCAUCAUCAUCAUCAUCAUCAUCAUCAUCAUUGUGUUCAUAAAGAAGAAGAGGAGAGAUGGUGGAGCUGACGUUAUCAGACAAAAUCAGGAGGAUCGCUCUGACAGAUCAGCAGAAACGGCUCUGACCAAUGACACUGCACUGUAUUCACUCGUAUCAGCCAAUCAGAGGGAUGAUCUGUAUGCCAACAUUAAAGCAAAGAAACCCGAACGCUCCGGGAGAAAACAAACAGAAACAGACUCUGGAGAUGUUGGAGAGGUUCAGUAUGCCAGUGUCCAUCACUUCAAGAACAAAGACAUGAAGAAGACUGAAGAGAACGACUGUCAGACCAUUGAGACGCAUCAUCCAUCUGAAGCCAACAGGUCUGAGGACUCGAUCUACAGCUCAUGCAAGUAAAGAACGUGUGGUUUAUCGAUGCUGAUGGGACACCUGGAUUUGAGUCCAGCACAGGUCAUGUUCCCAUUUCCCUCUUGAUUUCACUCACACAUUUAUGGGACUGUUUUUCUGUUUGGAUAUGGAUGGAUUUCGAUUUAUAAUCAGCUCUUUUAUUACGAUCUGAAAUGAUUGUCAGUAUCACACACACUCACUCUGGACAUGAACACACUGAUACCUGUAAUAGUCAAAGGCCUUUUAGCUCUCGCUUUAUACAGUCAAUGUAGAACAGAUGUUUCUUCUCGUCUCGUCAAACUGUGUGAUUUUAUUGCUAAAUACAUUAAAAUCUGAACAUUAUCAGAAAGUCUCAUUAUGACAGUGUAGCACAUUUUACACCCAACUCUCAUUACUGUAAUGUGCCGGGUAUUGUAUUUUUCAUGUUUUUCAUUUCUGUAAUACAGUAAAAAAUACUUUAAAACUCUUUGUUCACUAUGUUAAUGAACAAAUUUAAAUGUAUAUGAAAGAUAUGACUGCACACUCACUUGCAGAAUGUUUUAUUCACCAACGUUUCAGCACAAAGCCUUUGACCUCUGCACUGAACAAAUUUAACAAAAUUUAAAUAAUGAGGAGUACAUUGUAAAACCAUCUUCCAAACCGUGUUUUUGCCUUGCCUUAAUAAACUGGUCUGUAAUAAUUAUUUAUAUUUUAGAGCUGUCAGGACAAGGUUCACAAAACAUGUUGAUAAUGCCAAUCUUUACACCAGUUACUACUUUGUCUAUUAAUAGGCUAGCCAAGUUAUAAUAAUUUCCAGUUACCUGUCAGCUACCUGCUCACAUUUUUCAGAUCCAUAUUUAUUUUCUUAUUGAGAGUUUUGAUGUCAUUAGUGACAUUCGCAUAAGGCGGUCACCUGUAAUCAUGGACACAUCGGUAAUUACCAAAAUAAUGUUCCUCUGCACAGUGUUGCCAACUAUUUUCAAUGGAAAGCAGCUAAAGCCAGCUCAAAAAGUCACUAAAUGCCACUAGUGUCAGCAUUAUGUUCUGUUCAGUGUGUUUUUUCCUGUCAAAAUAAAUUGACCUAGUUUCCAA